UAAUUACGGGACCAAGUGUGAGAGUGUUGUCUUCUGGCCCAGUCUGCAACACGUUAUUUACCCAGGACCAGAAGUGGGACGUCGCUGGGAAAUGUGCAGGACAUGAUCAACGACUCUUUGAGCAAGCAGCGCAGUUCAGACCAGAAAAAUAAAUAAAAGUGAUAACGUGAUCGCAACCACAACAAUGCACUUGUCCUUAGUCAAGCCUGUUCUUCACGGAUACUUCAGAAGCUCCUGCUCCUGGAGGGUUCGCAUCGCUUUUGCUCUCAAAGGUAUCGAAUACGACCAGGCUCCAGUCAAUCUGAUCAGAGAUGGAGGUCAGCAGCUUACCCAACAGUACAAAGCCUUGAACCCCAUGCAACAAGUGCCCGCGGUGGAGAUCGACGGCGUCACCCUCUCUCAGUCGCUGGCAGUGAUCCAGUACGUCGACGAGACCAGGCCGGGGCCCCGGCUCCUUCCGGCGGACCCCAAGGAGCGCGCCCAGGUUCGGAUGAUAAGCGAUCUCAUCGCCUCGGGGAUACAGCCUCUGCAGAAUUUGUACGUGAUCCAGAAGAUAGGCGCAGAGAAGGUGCAGUGGGCCCGGCACUUCAUUGAUCGCGGUUUCCAAGCUCUGGAGCCCAUUCUGAAGCAGACAGCAGGAAGAUACUGUGUCGGGGACGAGAUAUCCAUGGCAGACAUCUGUUUGGUCCCACAAGUCUACAACGCAGAGAGGUUCAAAGUGGAUGUCGCACAGUAUCCAACUAUCGAAAGGUUAAACCAAACCUUACUUGAGAUUGAGGCUUUCAAAGUGAGCCACCCAUCUUGCCAACCAGACACACCUGCUGAUCUACGUACAUAAAAUAACAGCUCGGCAGCUGCAGUCAGGCAACUUUAUACAUUCUUAAAUAAAACACUUUGAAACAAUC